UUUUCUAUGAUUAGAAGUUAGAUUAGCAUUAUGUUCAAGAGUCAACUUACAACUGUCAAGACGCUAGUACAAUGUACAUUAAUACUUAAUAGUCAGUACUCAGUAGUUACAAAUUAGUUAUUACUUAUUAGUAUUCUUGUCUAUGGUAGUAAUUACUACAAACUUAAUACUAGAUACCUAUAGAAGCACAGAAUUAUAGAGUAUAGGGUGUAAUUAUUAUAUAUAGAUACAUAUUAUUAAAGUCCUUACUUUUUUCAUUAUUUGUAAGCUCAAACGGUUGAUUGGCAGUUAUCAUUGUACACAAAUUAUAAUAUUUCAUAGUGGAAUUCUCAUUUAAAAUGGAACUUACAGAAGAUCAGAGAAAACGUAUAGAAGAAAAUAGAAAAAAAGCAUUGUUAAUAAGACAAGAAAAAUCGAAAGCUAGAUCAACUGUACAACCUUAUCAAAAACCCAUAUUAUCAAAGAAAGAUAAAAGUCAUCAAAUCACAGUUGCUGGUCAAUUAUAUGUAGACACUGAAGCUGGGUUUUUGCUUAACGAGGAUGAUCUAUCAGAUAAGAAUAAGCCGAUAAUACUAGCAUCAACACCAAAUCCAAUAUUAUCAAAAACUGAACAGCCUUUAUGUCUUGAAUGUAAUCAUGAAUUUGGUAUUUCUUACUUGAUGACAAAUUUUGAUCAUCCUGUCUGUGAUAGAUGCAAGGAUAAGUUCGGAAAAGAAAAAUAUGAUUUAAUUACCAAGACUGAAGCUAAAAAAGAAUACUUAUUAAAAGAUUGUGACAUUGAUUUGCGCUCACCUCCGCUUAGGUUUAUUCUGGGCAAAAAUCCACACAAUUCAAGAUGGGGUGAAAUGAAAUUAUAUCUUUUACUUCAAGUAGAAAAAAGAGCAUUAGAAGUUUGGGGUUCUGAAGAAGAAGUGGAACGACAAAUUGAACUAAGACAAGAAAAGCAAAAGGCCUCAAAGUUAAAAACAUUCAAAAAAAAAGUCAAAGAAUUAAGAAUGUCAACUAGGAGUAGUUUGUAUACUAAAGUCACAAAAGCUUCUCAUCAACAUGAAUAUGAUACAGAGAUAUACAAUGAAGAAGAAGAUAAUUAUGAACGCACUUGUACUUCUUGUGGAUUUCAUGAAAUUUUUGAAAAAAUGUAAAUAAAAUUGUACUAUUUAUACGGUACAAAUUCUAGUUAACGUCAUUAUUUUUGUAAAUAUGUACAUUUUAUUAUAGUAUGUGUUUUAAAUUUUGGCUUUCCAAUAUAAAAAAAUAUGAUUUUUGAUUUU